AAACUAUUCGUCCGGUCGGUUGGUGCUGGUGUUCCCAUGCAAUUCGGGCUGAUUUUUUCCAUCAAUUUUAUUAACAGUUAAUAAUAAAAAAAUCCUAUCGCAUCGCGAUAACGGCUUGAUUAGAAAUCGUGCGUUUAAUUUAAUAAAAAGAUCGUUGUCGUCGGUUACAUUAUCAUAAAUUAAAUUUGUAUAAAAUGUUCUCUGAUUGCACUAUUUUGUGGUAGUACUAACAAUAAAAACAACAAUAGAAAUUGAAGCUAACAGUUGGUCGAAGACGGUGGGUGUACGUUUGUUAAAAAAAAGAAAACAGGGAUUCCGCGAUUAUUCGCCUGAAUGUGUGAAGAACGGUUCGGCAUUACAUUGUUUCGAAGUUAAAUAUUUCCGUUGGCAGCAGCAGCAGCGACGGCAGCAGUUUCGUCCAGCUCAGCAAUUUAAAAUGCAAAGAAAUACGACAACGCGGGAAAAUAGUGCAGCAUCAGAUAUUGAUGAUAGUUUACUAUUCAAAGAGAAACUACCCAAUAUCCCUAGUAAGCUAAAGAAUGGUAUCUACAAUAGCUGCAGUUUCAGGGCAAUUGCACGAAAAUUUCCCAUACUGGGAUGGCUGCCAAAAUAUGAGGCUAGUUUUCUGUUGCAAGAUUUUAUUGCCGGUUUUACAGUGGGUCUAACCACAAUACCGCAGGCAAUAGCGUACGGGGUUGUUGCGGGACUUGAACCUCAAUAUGGUCUAUAUUCAGCUUUUAUGGGUUGUUUUGCUUACAUCAUUUUUGGUUCGUGCAAAGAUGUUACCAUAGCAACCACCGCCAUUAUGGCUCUAAUGGUCCAUCAGUAUGCAAUCUUGAGUCCUGAUUAUGCUGUUCUUGUUUGUUUCUUAGCUGGUUGUUUGAUAUUGUUGAUGGGACUGCUGAAUUUGGGUGUUUUGGUGAGAUUCAUUUCAAUACCCGUCAUAACAGGUUUCACCAUAGCUGCUGCAACAACCAUUGGAAGUGCACAAAUCAAUAACCUGUUUGGAAUGGCAAGUCCUUCAAAUGAUUUGAUACCAGCAUGGAAGCAUUUCUUUACACAUUUGAAUAAAAUCGGAUGGAAUGAUGCCGCCUUGGGUGUUUUGUCUCUAAUAUUUUUGUUUCUUAUGAAAAAAACCAAAGAUAUACCCUAUGGCAAUCGCACAUUUUGGAAAUAUGUAUCAUUAUCCCGCAAUGCCUUGACCGUAAUAAUUGGUACAUCUCUGGCCUAUGGUCUAAGUCGUGGUGGAACCCAGCCAUUUAGAGUAACGGGAAAUAUAACUGCCGGUUUGCCUCCGUUUCGACCACCACCAUUUCACACAACUGUAAAUGGUACCGAUGUGAGCUUUGGCGAAAUGUUGAAUAAUAUUGGAGCGUCAUUGGCCUCCAUACCCUUGGUGGCCAUUUUGGAAAUUGUGGCCAUAUCAAAGGCAUUCUCGAAAGGAAAAAUUGUCAACGCUUCUCAGGAAAUGAUUGCCUUGGGCAUGUGCAACAUCAUGGGCAGUUUUGUGUCAUCGAUGCCGGUAACGGGUUCCUUCACCCGUACCGCGGUAAAUAAUGCCAGCGGCGUAAAGACUCCCUUGGGUGGAGCUGUUACCGGAGCUUUGGUAUUGAUGGCAUUGGCAUUUCUUACCAAGACAUUUUACUACAUACCAAAAUCAACAUUGGCUUCCAUUAUCAUUGCUGCCAUGAUAUCCCUAAUGGAAUUUGAGAAAGUUCGUGAUACAUGGAGAUCAAAAAAAAAGGAUCUCUUCCCCUUUGUGGCCACACUGGUGCCCUGUAUGUUUUGGAGUUUGGAAUAUGGCAUAUUGUGUGGCAUAGUAGCAAAUAUUUCGUAUAUUUUGUACAGCAGUGCCAAGCCUCAAAUGAGGUUGGACAUUGAAAAGGUAGAUAACUCAGAGCAAAAUUUCUUAAAGGAUAAUUCUUUAAGCGUUUAUAUAUUUCAGGUUCUGGAUUGGGAAGUGGGAGUGGUGGAUGUAAAACAAAAAUUAGAUUUUGCCUCAGCUGAAUAUCUGAAGGAAAAAGUUGUGAAAUUUGUGAAUCUCAAUACGGUAAAGUUGAUUGUGAUUAGAGGCCAGGAAAUCAAUUCCAUUGAUUACACAGUGGCAAUGAAUAUCAUAACACUGCGUGAAGAUUUGAAAAUACUUAACUGUGAUCUAAUCUGCUGGAACUGGAAUAUAUCCUCGGCUGGUGUGGUUUGCCGCCUAAAGAGUGAAAUGCGUGAAAUAUUCUGUUUCGAAAAGACAUUAGAAGAAGUUGUCUCCAAAUAUCAACUGUCACAUUCCAAUGAUGUAUCAGAAAUUGUCUAUAUACUUUAGCAUAAAUAAUACAAUUGUUGUUGUUAUAAUUAUUAAGUACUUAAAGAAGCAAUUUUGUAUUUUAAUUUAGAACAAAAUAGAAUUAAAAAUAAAAAGUAUUAUAUGUGAUCCAUA